AUUGCCGUGGACCUUCAUCAAGACAAAGCCCGCUCUUUUCCGUGGAUCAUCAUGCUUCGUCUCGUCUGCGUCAUCUCAGGUGCGCUAAUGUCCUACGUUGGGGGUCUCCAGGUGGACGUGUCCCCCGCCCGGCCCCUCUUCAAACUGGGCCAGCUCGGGCAACUUUCUUGCUCCGUCGCCGACUGUCCCGUCACCCCGUCGGUGUCUUGGACGGCACCGGAUGACCGACCGCUGCGCGGUCGCGUGCGCGCGCAGGACCGGCUGUCCCUGCUGACCUUCGACCCCGUGGAGAGGGAGCACGAAGGCCCGCUGAGGUGUCGAGUCACCUGCGGGAAGGAGAGCAAACAUGCUAAAACACAUGUUGGCAUCUACGCCUUCCCGUUGGACCCCGUGGUCCAGGGUGGUGACCCCGUUCGCGAGAGGGAGGAGGUAACGCUCACGUGUCGGGUGGAUGACGUUUACCCCACCGAGAUGCUGACACUGGAUUGGCUGAGAGGAGAUCAGGUGCUGAGCAGCAUCGCCGGAGAGGCGGGGGUCCAAUCCGUCCGAUUGGAGUACAGAUUCGUGCCUCGCAGGGAGGAUUCGGGGCAAAACCUCACCUGCAGGGCCACUCUAAACCUGCCCGACUUGGACCCCGCGGAGCGCACCCGGCAGAGCCACGCCCACAUUCACGUCACGUUCCCGCCGAAGAUCACGUCGCUGUCGGCCCCCGAGUCGGCGAUGUCUGGAUCAGUUCUGGUUCUGCGGUGUUCCGCGUCCGGCGACCCGCCCCCCAACCUCACAUGGACAUUCCGGCCCGAAUCCGGUGGACCGUCGGAAGUCAAAGGUCAUGGCGAGGAGCUGUCGUUGACCGCGCGAGCGGGCGAGUACCGAUGUGAGGCUCGCAACCGUCUCGGCAACCACAGCGAGGCGGCACGCAUCCAAGUGAACGCCCCGCCCACCAACACGUCUUUGUUGGCGCUUCCGGGUCAGGAGGUCACGGAGGGCCAACGCGUCAUCUUCACCUGCCGCUCGAAGGGAAACCCGCCCCCUAGGCUGGUGUUUAGUAGGGAAGGGGCGGAGCUUCAUAGCUCAGACUCCACCCCUUCCGUGACCUACAGCCUAACGGCGCGACCUCAAGAUUCCGGCCUCUACCGUUGUGACGCCACCAACGCUUUCGGGAGUCAACGCGUGGAACGAUACGUCACCGUUGCGGCUCACCCUCUACACGUGGAGGCGAGUCCGCAGGUGGCGCUGGCGAGCGUGUCUUCCGAAGUUCUUCUGACCUGCACGUCUUCGGGGUGUUCCACGUUACCAUCGCUCACCUGGAGCAAGACAGAACCCAAGGGCGGUGCCCUGGCGGCCGACGGUGUCCACACAGGGUCCUCAGAGUCCCGCCUCCUCCUGCGGGACUUACAGCUCCAGGACAGGGGAGGGUACGAGUGCCGGGCUACCUGCGACAACGUCACCAGGAUUGGACGGGCGACCGUUCACGUCUACUCUCUCCCGUCUGAUCCGGUCAUCGCAGACAGCGGGGCUGUGACUCUUGGACAGGAGGCCCGGAUCCAGUGCGACGUGCGGGACGUCUUUCCGGCCGAGCGCCUGCACCUUUCCUGGUCCUCGGGCAAUGUCAGCCUGCUGGUCCAGACCUUCUCCCCAUCCCUGUCCCUGCAGAACAUCUCGGCCGUCUUGCGCCACCGCGCCGAGGCCGAGCAGCUCCUAGUGAGCUGCGAGGCCAGUCUCUUGACGGACGCCGGUGCCGUCUGGAGGUCCAGGAAGUCCAGUGUCCUACUCAAGGUGCACUACCCCCCCAGGAGAACUUCUGUCGCCGUGAGUCCAGCGCGGGAAGUCAUUGAGGGGCAGAGGGUCACCCUCACCUGUCACUCGGACGGAGCGCCGCCCCCCACCUUGAUACUCAGGAGGGAAGGGGCGGAGCUUCGGCGCUCCGACGCCACCUUUUCGCUCUCAUACAGCCUGACGGCGCAACUGCGGGACACCGCCCACUACCUGUGCAAUGCCUCCAAUGAGCUGGGGUCGCAGGAGGUCACAAGCCAGGUCACCGUCACAGCUCCGCCCAGAAACACGACAGUACUGGUUCUCCCAUCGUGGUUGGUGUCGGCGGGUCAGAACGUGACGGUACGGUGCCAAUCCGUGGGAUUUCCUCCGCCGGACGUCCACCUGACGCAUCUGUCGGACGGGACGGAGCGCCUCUCCGCCGACGGGGUCUUCCGAUUGGUCAACGUGACGUCCCGCGACUCCGGCCUCUACCAGGUCAACGCGAGCAACGACUUGGGAUACCAGGUCCGAAAGUUCCGUCUCAGCGUGGCAGAACCGAGCACUAAGACUCUACCCGCUCUGGCCGCCAUCUUGGCGCCGGUCGCCGUCGGAGUGGUCGGAUUGGCCGUCGGCGCGCUGGUCUUGGAGUACUUAAGAAGGUCCAAAAAGAAAGGAUUCUACCAGCUGACACCAUCGGCGCCAGCUCCUGAGCACCACGCCAUGAGUGCCACCUCCACCUGAUGACUCACAGGAUCCAAAACUCUUGUUUUUCCGUGAAGAUAAAACUGGAAGAGGACUCUGAGAGAGCGGACUUCUGCCUAAGAUGUCAAAUUCACAGCAAUGUGAGAUUUGGUAACACUAAAGUUGCAAAAUUGCUGACUUUUAACAAGCCAGAGCUGUAAAUAUGGUGUCUCAUGUAGUUACUACUUUGGCGCUUUGAGGGUUAAGUCAGGAAAAUGUUGUGACCCUUGACCUCAUAAACUCAAAACUUUAUCACUUCUUCCACUUCAUGUUAAAAACAUAUCAUGCAAGUUUGAAAACAAUUCCUGUAUUUGUUCUUGAUUGAUCGUGAAAUUCCUUUUUCUGACCUCUGUGACCUUUGACGUCAUUACCUGAAAUUUAAUCAUAAUCAUAAUGUUCUGUUUCAUGUUACAAACAUCGCCUCCUAUUUUGUAAAUAAUCCCAAGAUUCAUUCUUGACUUAAAUUAUCACAAAAUCCUUUUCGGACCGCUCUGAUCUUUGACCUCAUAACCCCAAAAUUUAAUCACCUCUUCUUGUUCAUGUUAUGAACAUUUCCUGCAAGUUUGAAAACAAUUCCUCAGUUCGUUCUUGAUUGAUCAUGAAAUUCCUUUUUCUGACCUCUGUGACCUUUGACCUCAUUAGCUGAAAUUUAAUCACCUAUUCUGUUUCAUGUUACAAACAUCUCCUGCGAAUUCGAAAGUAAUCCCACAAUUCAUUCUAGAUUUAAAUGAUCACAAAAUCUUUUUUUGACCUCUGUGACCUUUGACCUCAUGACCGCAAAAGUAAAUCACCUCUUCCAUUACAUAAUAUGAAGAUAUCCUGCAAGUUUGAUAACAAUUCCUCUAUUCGUUCUUGGUUUAUCGUCAAAUUCCUUUUUCUGACCUAGGUGACCUUUAACCUCAUUACCUGAAAUUUAAUAAGUUAUUCUGUUUCAUGUUACAAACGUCCCCUGCAAAUCAUCCCACUAUUCAUUCUUGACUUCAGUUAUCAAAACAUCCUUUUCUGACCUCUGUGACCUUUGACCUCAUUAUCUGAAAUUUAAUCACCCAUUCUGUUUCAUGAUACAAACAUAUCCGCAAGUUUGAAAACAGUCCCAUGAUUCAUUCUUGACUUAAAUUAUCAAAAAAUCAUUUUCGGACCCCUGCGACCUUUGACCUCAUGACCCUCAAAAUUAAUCACCUCUUCUGUUUCAUAUUAUGAACAUAUCCUGCAAGUUUAAAAACAAUUCCUCUAUUCGUUCUUGAUUUAUCAUCAAAUUCCUUUUUCUGACCUCUGUGACCUCUGAUCUCAUUACCUGAAAUUUAAUCACCUAUUCUGUUUCAUGUACAAACAUAUCCCGCAAGUUUGAAAAUAAUCACCCUAUUCAUUCUUGAUCUAAAUUAUCACAAAAUCCUUCUCUGACCUCUGUGACCUUUGACCUCAUGACCCCAAAAGUUUAAUCACCUCUUCCGUUUCAUAUUAUGAACAUAUUUUGCAACUGUGAUAAUAAUCCCUUAAUUUGUUCUUGAAUGGCGAAAUUCAUUUUCCGACAUCUGUCACCUUUGACCUUGUAACACCAAAAAUCAUAUGACAAACAUAGUCUGCAAAUGUGAAAAAAAUCUUUCUAUUCAUUUGUGACCUUUCCCCAAAAAAUUUUGGACCUAUGUGACCUUUGACCUCAUGACCCUAAAAUUUAAUCACUUCUUCUGUUUCAUAUUACAAACACAUCCUGUCCGUUUGAAUAUGUUCCCUUUAUUCCUUCUUGAGUUAUCUUGAACACAAUCGUACAAAAACAUUCCAACAGUUUGAUGAUAAUUGUUUUUUUUAA